UCAAGAAGGCCGCGGUUGGUAAUAAGGGAUCACUGAGAGCCUCGUCGACCCAACAGUCUUAUCUUGACUUUGUGGCGGUUUGGUUGACUUUGCGCGGCAUCAAAAAGUCCUGUCUUCAGCGCGUUUCCCCAACAUACGUACCAGCGACCGGGAAAUGGGAGAGGAGUGUGAAAAGUGGUGAUUUUUCGCGAUUUCGUCGAACAUUCGGAAAAGUGUGAAUUGGCACGAUGUACCUGAGGCGUACUAUUAUAGGUCCGCCCAAAUGGACUUUAGGACUAUUAAUCAUUCUGUGCACAAUAUACUCUGUGGCUAGGACAGAAGAGGAAGAAGAACCAAAUUCCCGAUACAGAGAUCAUCGUAAUGAAUCUACACGUCUAACACCUGGGGGACCAAACGUUUGCCGUUCGAACUAUGCCAGUUUUUGCUGUCCUGGUUGGACGAGGCAUAAUAUUUUAGGACUAUGUAUCAUUCCAAUUUGUACGAGGCCCUGUGGCAGAGGCCAGUGCGUCAGACCCAAUGUUUGCAGGUGUGAAGCUGGACAAGAAUCUAAAGCACCAUGCUAUCGAGAUGGACGAACAGAUGAAGAACAUCAAGGUAGGCCCUGCAGGGCAAUGUGCAUGAAUGGCGGUACAUGCGUGGAUGGAAGAUGUAACUGCGGACCAGGUUUUACUGGGGAAUUUUGUACAGAACCGAUUUGCCUAGAGCAUUGCAAGAACGGCGGUAGAUGCAUUGGACCAGAUAGGUGUGCUUGCAUCUAUGGAUUCGCUGGCAAACAUUGCGAGAUUGAUUUCAGAACUGGACCUUGCUACACUGGAGCAAGAGGCUCGCUCUGCGUAAAUCAGUUACAGGGGGUUGUGUGCACGAAAACGCUGUGUUGUGCGACAGUUGGAAAAGCUUGGGGACAUCCCUGCGAACACUGCCCUUCUAGACUUGACUGUGAUAUAGGAUUCAUUAGAAACCAAAAGACUGCCGAAUGUAUAGAUAUAAAUGAAUGUGAAGCGAUACCCCAUCUUUGCGAGGGUGGACAAUGUGUAAACUCGAUAGGAUCUUUCAAUUGCGAAUGCCCAGAGGGUCAAACAAGAAAUUUAGAGACCAAUCAGUGUGACGACAAGAAUGAGUGCGAGGAUGAGGGUGUCUGUGAGAAUGGCAGAUGCGUCAAUACCGAUGGAUCUUACUUCUGUCUGUGUAAUCCAGGAUUUAUCCAAAGCCAGAACCAGAAAUAUUGUAUAGACGGACGACAAGGGUUGUGCUAUACAGAAAGAUCUGAGCAAGGUUACUGUAGAGCAAGUUUACCCAUGAGACUAUCUAAGAAGGACUGCUGUUGUGGAGUGAACAUGGGACAAGGUUGGGGAGAUGAAUGUUCCAGAUGUCCAGUUUUUGGCGAAGACGAACACCGUUUACUCUGCGCUACAACUCAACCAGGAGCCAUGAUAGGGGAGGAAGAAGGUUCUGGUGGAGAUGGUGGUGAAGGUGGUAUAGGCCAUGGGAUGAUACCAGGAGGCAGUUCCAUAAUAGCCGUCAACGAAUGCAUCCUCCGUCCCAACAUUUGUGGACCAGGCCAGUGUGUGGACACAGUAUCCGGAUACAAAUGCAUCUGCAACUCUGGAUAUCGUCUUGGAAAAUCACAUGUGUGUGAAGAUAUCGACGAGUGCAGAGAAGGAAAAUGCCAGAACGGGGUUUGUCGAAACACCAUCGGGAGUUUUGAAUGCAUGUGUCCCCCAGGUUUUGACGUAUCGCCAGAUGGCACCAUGUGCACGGAUCAUGAUGAAUGCGCAGAGAUAGGAAUGUGCAGCAACGGCAGAUGCGUCAACAUGGAUGGCAGCUUCAAGUGUCUUUGCAAUCCUGGAUUCAAGCUGUCGCCUUCGAUGUUCGCCUGCAUAGACAUCGACGAGUGCAGUGAGAAUCCGAGGAUAUGUCUGAACGGACGAUGCAUGAACAUUCCUGGAUCUUACAUGUGCCAUUGUCUACCUGGAUUCGUAGAAUCGAGCGAUAAAACAUUCUGUAGUGAUAUGGACGAAUGUGCUAGUACUGGGAUGUGUGACCACGGCAAGUGCAUCAAUAUGGAGGGCUCUUUCCGCUGCAUUUGCGACUCUGGCUACCGCCUCGGUCCAGACGGUAGACAUUGCGUAGACAUCGACGAAUGCCUAUCGAGACCUUGCCAAUCCGGUAAAUGUUUCAACACUCCUGGAAGCUUCAGAUGCGAAUGCCAAUCCGGCUUCAGCCUAGGACCAGAUGGCCGCUCCUGCCUCGAUACCAGAAGGGAUCUUUGUUACCAAGAAUACAGGGACGGUCUCUGCUUCAACCCGUCCACCCUUGCGGUCACAAGGUCCAGUUGCUGCUGUUGCGCCCUCUUCACCGGUAAACCAAUGGGUUGGGGCACGAACUGUCAACCAUGUCCCAUGCCUGGCACCAGCGAUUAUGACGUUCUUUGUCCCCAUGGGCCAGGUUCCACGUUUGACGGAAACGACAUAAACGAAUGCGCCCAGAAUCCUAAUAUUUGCCAAAAUGGAGCUUGCGAGAACAUGAUUGGAACAUAUCGUUGCAUCUGCAACACUGGCUUCGAAGUUGACGAUACAGGGAAAGUUUGUACGGAUAUAAAUGAGUGCGAGAUAGAGGAAUUGGUGUGUAGCGGAGGACAAUGUCGAAAUACCCCAGGCAGUUAUCAAUGCAUAUGUCCAUCUGGAACCCAGUUAAAUCCUAUAACUUCGGUUUGCGAGGAUAUUGACGAGUGCAAAGAGCUUGGUCCAGAAGCAGCAUGCUUCAAUGGAGAAUGUGUAAACACUUUUGGGUCUUACAAAUGCGAAUGUGAUCCUGGAUCAAUAUUGGACAACACUGGGAGAAUAUGUAUCGAUAACAGGAAAGGGUCAUGUUGGACAAAGCUGAAUCAUGGUAGAUGCGAAAAUAAUCUACCUCAACUGAGUCGCAAGACAGAAUGCUGCUGCUCCAUUGGAGUUGCUUGGGGUUCCCCUUGCGAGAGAUGCAACAGAAACGAAUGUGACUGCCCUCCAGGUUAUGCAAAGGUUGAUGGAAAAGCUUGCGCUGAUAUAAACGAAUGCGAUCUGAACCCUGAUAUCUGUAGAGGUGGUGGCACGUGCGUCAACACAGAUGGAAGUUUCACCUGUAGCUGUCCUCCAGGUCUUACCUUGGACACAACAAGAACUCAAUGUUUGGACGUGAGAGAAGAGCUGUGUUACACGAGAUACAAACAUGGGAAAUGCGUGAAUCCUAUCGAGGGCAUAUUUUACAAACAUCUAUGUUGUUGCACUUCAAUAGGAAGAGGCUGGGGUGAUAAAUGUGAGGCUUGUCCGAGACCUGGAACUGCUGCUUUCGCGGAGCUCUGUCCCAAGGGUCUUGGUUUCGUCGACCACAGGGAUAUCAACGAAUGCACUGAAUUUCCAGGGAUGUGCCAGAAUGGUAGAUGUAAGAACACCGUUGGUGGAUACAGCUGUAGAUGUAAUAAGGGAUACGAUUACGAUGACAGUAAGGUUAAAUGUGUUGAUAUUGAUGAGUGCAGUCUUACAACGAGUAACGUAUGCGGUAAUGGCGUUUGUAAAAAUAUACCUGGUGACUUCGUUUGCGAGUGUAACGAAGGCUUCAGAGCCUUGGCACCUAUGCAAGUUUGCAUGGAUAUAAACGAGUGCGAAGAAAUUCCUGGGUUGUGCAGAGGAGGAAGAUGCAUAAACACGGAAGGAUCUUACAGAUGCGAGUGUCCUCCUGGUCACGAGUUGGCACCAGAUAAGCAGACUUGCAAAGACAUCGACGAGUGCUCUAUUACAAGUGGAAUAUGCUCCAACGGAGUUUGCGAGAACAUGAUGGGAACUUAUCAGUGUGUAUGUAAUGAGGGUUAUGAACAAACAGGAGUCAAAUCACAUUGUGAAGAUAUCGAUGAAUGUGAGGAAGAGCCAUGUGAAGAUAUUUGCGUUAAUACUCCAGGCAGUUUUGAGUGCACUUGUGGGUCUGGAUAUGCUUUGAUGCUGAAUGGAAGAGGAUGUAUGAAUAUUGACGAAUGUAAAGAGAAUCCUAGAAUAUGUAAUGGAGGAAGAUGUGAGGAUAUUCCAGGAAGUUACAUUUGUCAUUGCACAACAGGGUUGAUUCCAGGACCAAAAGGAACGUCUUGUUUAGAUGUCGACGAAUGCAAAAAUCCCAACAUUUGUGGGAAUGGUGAAUGUAUCAAUAGCCUUGGAUCUUUUCACUGUCGAUGUGAAGAAGGAUAUUCUGUGAAACCUGAUGGAGGUCCUUCUUGUACCGACGAUGAUGAAUGCUAUUUGGGCACCCAUGAGUGCCACGAAAACGCCAACUGCAUCAAUAUUCCUGGAUCCUACCAGUGCAGGUGCAUGGACGGUUUCACAGGAAACGGCAAGAGUUGCCGGGACAUCAACGAGUGCAAGACCAACAACGGUGGCUGUCACCAAAACGCCCAGUGCGUCAACAACGAUGGUUCCUUCAAAUGCGAGUGCGACGCAGGGUACAGGGGCGAUGGGUACUCUUGCGAGGACAUUGACGAGUGCACCAACGAUCCCAACCUGUGCGAAAACGGUCAAUGUGUCAACUACGCUGGUUCCUUCCGAUGCGAGUGCGAGAUGGGCUUCAUGCAUCCCGAGGAGGGAAACGACAGGUCUUGCGUUGACAUUGAUGAAUGCAGCAUGUUCAACAACUUAUGUAUUUAUGGUAAAUGCGAGAACCUCUUCGGCGUUUUCCGAUGCGAUUGUCAUGAUGGCUACAAAAUAGACGGCUCUGGGGGAAACUGCACAGACAUUGACGAAUGUGAGAGUCCCCAGAGUUGUUUGUAUGGGAAAUGUUCAAAUUUGGAGGGCAGCUACAAAUGUACCUGUCCAACCAACCAUGAAUUGGUGGCAGGAGGAAAUGCUUGCAUUGACAGAAGGACUUCGCGGUGUUAUCUCCACGUAGACCAACGAGGAUGUUCCUCCCCUUCUGCAAACUAUGUCACCAAGGCAUCUUGCUGCUGUUCAGUCGGUAAAGGGUGGGGUCCUAAUUGUGAAACUUGCCCGCCCUUAGAUAGCGAGGAGUAUCAGGAGCUCUGCCCUGGAGGAAUGGGAUACAGACCAAAUGAUGUUACGGUUGUUUUGGAAGACAUCAACGAAUGUGAGGAGCAUGAGAAUCUUUGUCAAAACGGAUACUGUACCAACACUUUCGGAAGCUUCAUGUGUUCUUGCAACGAAGGUUUCAAGUUGGACGAAUCUGGAUACGUUUGCGUUGAUAUAAACGAAUGUGUUGAGAAUCCAGGGAUUUGCAGCGUAGGCCAAUGCAUAAACGAACCAGGAAAAUAUCAUUGCCAGUGUCCUGAGGGAUAUAUGCCCCUUCCAGGCAGAAAAGAAUGUGUGGAUUUGAGAAAGGAAACCUGUUACCUGGAGUAUAGUAGAUGGAGAUGCUCUGCGCCGAUGACACAGAAUCAAACAAGGAAAGUCUGUUGCUGCUCUAUGGGUCAAGCCUGGGGUUCACCUUGCGAACCAUGUCCCCUUCCAAAUACAAGUGAAUAUGUUGGUCUCUGUGGUCCCCACCCAGGGCAAAUAAUGAACCCGAUGACGAAUAAAUCCGAAGGAAUAAACGAAUGCGAAUUGAUGCCGACGAUGUGUAAGCACGGACAAUGCAUAGACACUCCCUCAAGUUUCGAAUGUCAGUGUAACAGGGGUUACAUUUACGAUGCUAAUUCUCAUCAGUGCAUAGACGAUAAUGAAUGUUUGAAAUCACCCUGUAGCGGAAACGCUCAGUGUAUCAAUCUGCCCGGCAGUUUCGAGUGCAAAUGUCCUGAAGGAUACAAACAUGGUUCCACUUUCGUGGACUGCGUAGACAUCGACGAAUGUAUCGAGAGACCGCACAUAUGCCAACAUGGGGAAUGUAAGAAUCUGCAAGGUAGCUUCCAAUGCGUCUGCGACUCUGGCUACUACCUGUCGCCUUCAAGAGAUACAUGCGUGGACGUUGACGAAUGUGUCAGACACCCCAACGUAUGCAAGAAUGGCACUUGCGUCAAUAUGGCAGGGGAGUAUAAAUGCCAUUGCAACCCUGGAUUCAAGCUCAGUCCAAACAACGAUUGCGUCGAUAUAGAUGAGUGUCACAUGAUGCCGUUCUUGUGCAGGAACGGAAGAUGCAGGAAUACCGUUGGUUCGUUCGUUUGUGAGUGUGCCACCGGGUAUACCUUGUCGGCCGAUGGGCAUAACUGCAGAGACGUUGAUGAAUGUAGAGAGAUACCAGGAACUUGUCCCUUACCAGGAAAGUGCACGAACGUUAUGGGAUCCUUUAUAUGCAGCUGUCCUGCUGGUUACGAACUGAACCAAGAUCUGAGCACGUGUGAAGACAUCGACGAAUGCGAGGUGAAUGCUGGCUCGUGUGAAAACGGUGUUUGUCAGAAUACAAUUGGCGGGGCUUUCUGCACUUGCCCCGAUGGUUACAAGAUAGACCACGUGAUGAUGAGAUGUAUAGAUGUCAGGCAAGAACAGUGCUACGACAGUUUCAGCAGGGGACAGUGCCAAGAACCCAGAGGCAUGCAUAUAUCUUUGAAGGAAUGCUGCUGCUCCAAAGGAGCAGCCUGGGGAAGAUAUUGCAACAGAUGUCCACCAGAAGGCUCUCCCGAGUUCCACAAGCUGUGCCCAGAGGGACCUGGAAGAUUAGAAACAGGAAGCGAUAUCAACGAAUGCGAACUGAUGCCGAACAUUUGCGAAGGUGGUGAUUGUAUCAACACAGACGGGUCCUUCCGCUGUGAUUGUCCGCAGGGUUAUGUCCUGGACGACAGUGGCAAGAAGUGCGUAGAUGACAAUGAGUGCGUUGCGAACCCGUCAAUUUGUGGAAACGGUACCUGUACCAACGUGCAGGGAGGGUUUGAGUGCAGGUGCAACGACGGGUUUGCCCCAGGUCCCAUGCAAGUGUGCGAAGAUGUGAAUGAAUGCUUGGAAAUGGGCAAUCUGUGUGCGUUCAGAUGCUACAAUAUCCCUGGAUCUUACAGAUGCAUCUGUCCAUACGGUUACGCCUUAGCUGCUGAUGGCACACACUGUGAAGAUGUGAAUGAGUGCAACACACCAGCAAACAACUGCAAAUUCCAGUGCAAAAACCUGAUAGGAAGGUUCAUGUGCAUUUGUCCACCUGGUUACCUUCAAAUACAAGGUAGCGAUGACUGCGUCGACAUCGAUGAAUGCUCUGCCGAUCCAUCCCUGUGCAAGAACGGACGUUGUUACAAUCUGGAAGGCUCCUACAGGUGCGAAUGUUUCGAAGGGUUCGAACCUACUCCAGAUAGGAAGAGAUGUGUUGAUAGGAGGAAAGAAUUCUGUUUCCGUAAACUUAUUCAAGGACGUUGUGGUAGCGCCAAUAGAGAACUCCGAAGGGUUACAAAAGCAGAUUGCUGUUGUUCCAUGGGAGAAGCGUGGGGACCUAGCUGUGAGAUCUGCCCAUCUAGGUAUUCACCUCAAUAUCAAGAAAUGUGUUUGGACAGCGGCUUCACAGUUGAUGGAGCAGAUGUGAACGAAUGUGAAACAAUACCUGACCUCUGCAAUAAUGGAAAGUGCAUCAACACCCUAGGAUCAUACCGCUGUAUCUGCAAUAAAGGUUUCAAGGUUGAUGAAUCUGGACUCUUCUGCAGAGAUAUCAAUGAAUGCGUGCUUCAUCCUUCCCCUUGCCAGUACCACUGUCAUAAUACCGAAGGAAGCUACACCUGCUCAUGUCCAUCGGGAUAUCAGCUGAACGUAGAUGGCAUUUCUUGUGUGGACAUCGACGAAUGUGAAACUGGCCAACAUAUUUGCCCCCAUGAAUGCAUCAAUACCAAGGGAAGUUAUAACUGCAGUUGUCACGAAGGUUUCAAGCAAGUUGGUGACGAAUGUCAUGACAUCGAUGAGUGCAAGUCAGGAGACCUCUGUCCGAGACCAGGUAGAUGCAUAAACACCUUGGGAAGCUUCAGGUGCAUCUGCCCCAGAGGUUUUAAGGUCGACCAAACCGGCAGUUUCUGCAUAGACUCGAACGAAUGCAAUGACGAUUCGAAAUGCACGGAAGGUUGUCAAAAUCUCAUUGGUGGAUACAAGUGCAACUGUGGUCCAGGUUACGUCCCCCACUUCUACUACAACGAGUGCGUGGACGACAACGAGUGCUUGAGAAACCCCUGUGGAGAUGCUGGAAAUUGCUUCAACACCCCUGGUAGCUACAGGUGUGGUUGUCCUCCUGGUUACCAGUUCGACGCAGGACUUAACAUAUGUGUCCAGGUUAGCGCAAACUGUGCAAAUGCUCCAUGCAGCUAUGGGUGUACGAGAGUUGGAUCAGGCUUUUCUUGUGGAUGUCCUGGAGGAUAUCAGAGGAUAGAACAAGGUCACUGCUUCUCGUCAUUGAACGCAGUGUAUACAGGUGACGAUGAAAUAGGCGACGUCCCAGUGUAUCCCAUAGAUCCCAAUCCAGAUACCAACAAGAAAUUGAUAAGUACAGAAGGAUGCUUUUCUUGUCGGGUGAACGGCAGGCAUCGUCGUAAUCUGAGGCAUAGACGGCAUCGCGAUCGUUCUAACCGAGCUGAGAUUGGGGAGCUUCUGAAACACCCAAAACGCAACAGAAGAACAAGAAGAAACGCCGCAGAUGGCGUUACCUACAUGGAGCUGACGUAUACGAUGGAUCAAACGAAACACAGAACUAGGCUGUUCAAAAUAACGUCUAGUGUCAAGUUGAACGUGGAGUAUCGUCUAGGAAACAGUAAAGAUCAAGCCAAAUUCGAAUUGUCAGAGAAAAAUGGCAUUUGGUCUCUAUACUUCAAGAAAAGAGUUCAGAAGCCAGGAGAAUUCGACCUCAUCCUCUAUGGACGACCGCUAGUAGACCCAGAAGAAAGAUACCCGAAAGAAAUCUACUCCAAAUCCUUCACUUUACGGUUACACAUAAUUGUUACUGAAUAAGAAUAAUUUAAAUUAUUACUAAUUUAUUUGAAUCACGAAUGCCUUGUAACAUCAGGUUCAAUAUUCACUCAGAAGAAAUGUAUUUUUUGAAACGCUUACAUUUAAGAAUGAAAAUUGAAAUCACAAAAGAAAUCGAAUAGUUGUGCAAUAUUUGAUCACUGCCUUCUGUGUUCAGUUCUGAAAUAUAUACCAUUAAUGAGGGGGGGGAACUUUUUACUGCCUGAAAAAUUGUGUUCAAUAUGAUGCCCUAUUCGAUCAUUGGCCAUGAUAUAAAUAGCAAAAGGGAGAAAUAAGUAUUAGAAAUAAAUUUUAAUAUGAUUAUAUUUACAGUUAAUUGAAUUCAUAUUUAUGUGAAGCUUAAAAUAAGUUACCCAUUAUAUUUAUAUGGAAAUCUUGUAAAAUAUUGCUUUAAUUUUUUAAUUAUGUAAGGAUGCAAUAAACUAAUUUUUUACUA